AUGGCCUCAGCAUCCUUGGUACUUCAGCUAGACCUGCUUCGCAUGCGCCCGCUGGAUUUUUGGCUCAAAGCACGAGUACCUCCUCGAGCUUGGGUUUCCGGUCUACUUCGCCUCAAGGUCAAUCAGGAAUGUAUCACAGCCCUGAAUCCUUGGAGAGCGACCGACUGGUACCAGUCUGGUGUAAACCUGGGGACUUCCUCGAGUGUACAGGUGGUGUCCACGGACGCCUUCACCCCGGAAUGGGGAGCGCUGCACGAGGGCAGACCGUUCUUCGGCCUAUGGUACUGGCACAGACAUUCCAGCAGCGCUUUCCACGUCUUGCACCACCGUCUCAUACGCUCUAAGCCAGUCAGCCUCUCUGAGCCUGCAGUCACGCUCUGUGGACACCUGAUUAAUGCUCUCCACACCAUGUCCGAGCAGCAGGGGAAGCUCAUCGGACUCCACCUCCAAACACGGCCCCAGGAAGGACACAGGAGCUUAAGGGAGCAGAGCUUUGUUGCGACGGACAGAAACAGAAAAGAAUUGCAAUAUCUGUCAGUGGAUGUGUGGCCCAAAACCGGACCACUCAUAGUCAGCAUCAUCCUGGCUGAAGACUUCAUUCACAGAACCGGACCCCUGACCUUCAUCCUGGCUGAAGGUGGCAUUCACAGAACCAGACCCCCCAACAUCAUCCUGGCUGAAGGUGGCGUUCACAGAACCAGAGCCCUGAGCAUCAUCCUGGCUGAAGGUGGCGUUCACAGAACUAGAACCCAGAGCAUCAUCCUGGCUGAAGGUGGCGUUCAUAGAACCAGACCCCUCAGCAUCAUCCUGGCUGAAGGUGGCGUUCAUAGAACCAGACCCCUCAGCAUCAUCCUGGCUGAAGGUGGCGUUCACAGAACCAGACCCCUCAGCAUCAUCCUGGCUGAAGGUGGCGUUCACAGAACCAGACCCCUCAGCAUCAUCCUGGCUGAAGGUGGCGUUCACAGAACCAGACCCCUCAGCAUCAUCCUGGCUGAAGGUGGCGUUCCCAGAACCCUGAGCAUCAUCCUGGCUGAAGGUGGCGUUCACAGAACCGGACCCCUCAGCAUCAUCCUGGCUGAAGGUGGCGUUCACAGAACCAGACCCCUCAGCAUCAUCCUGGCUGAAGGUGGCGUUCACAGAACCGGACCCCUCAGCAUCAUCCUGGCUGAAGGUGGCGUUCACAGAACCGGACCCCUCAGCAUCAUCCUGGCUGAAGGUGGCGUUCACAGAACCAGACCCCUGACCAUCAUCCUGGCUGAAGGUGGCGUUCACAGAACCAGAACCCUGAGCAUCAUCCUGGCUGAAGGUGGCGUUCACAGAACCAGAACCCUGAGCAUCAUCCUGGCUGAAGGUGGCGUUCACAGAACCAGAACCCUGAGCAUCAUCCUGGCUGAAAGUGGCGUUCACAGAACCAGAACCCUCAGCAUCAUCCUGGCUGAAGGUGGCGUUCACAGAACCGGACCCCUCAGCAUCAUCCUGGCUGAAGGUGGCGUUCACAGAACCGGACCCCUCAGCAUCAUCCUGGCUGAAGGUGGUGUUCACAGAACCAGAAACCUGAGCAUCAUCCUGGCUGAAGGUGGUGUUCACAGAACCGGACCCCUCAGCAUCAUCCUGGCUGAAGGUGGCGUUCACAGAACCGGACAGCUCAGCAUCAUCCUGGCUGAAGGUGGCGUUCACAGAACCGGACCCCUCAGCAUCAUCCUGGCUGAAGGUGGUGUUCACAGAACCAGAACCCUGAGCAUCAUCCUGGCUGAAGGUCAUGUUGACAGAACCGGACACCUCAGCAUCAUCCUGGCUGAAGGUGGUGUUCACAGAACCAGAACCCUGAGCAUCAUCCUGGCUGAAGGUGGCGUUCACAGAACCAGAGCCCUGAGCAUCAUCCUGGCUGAAGGUGGCGUUCACAGAACCAGACCCCUCAGCAUCAUCCUGGCUGAAGGUCACGUUGACAGAACCGGACCCCUCAGCAUCAUCCUGGCUGAAGGUGGCGUUGACAGAACCGGACCCCUCAGGAUCAUCCUGGCUGAAGGUGGUGUUCACAGAACCAGAGCCCUGAGCAUCAUCCUGGCUGAAGGUGGUGUUCACAGAACCAGAGCCCUGAGCAUCAUCCUGGCUGAAGGUGGUGUUCACAGAACCAGAGCCCUGAGCAUCAUCCUGGCUGAAGGUGGCGUUCACAGAACCAGAACCCUGAGCAUCAUCCUGGCUGAAGGUGGCGUUCACAGAACCGGACCCCUCAGCAUCAUCCCGGCUGAAGGUGGCGUUCACAAAUUGAUUGACCGCAACCAGAAUCAGUCCAGGAAACUUCAACAAAUCCAGAGGAGAGAUGCAAGCCCAGAAACCAGUAGACAGGCACGAGUCCGAAACCAGGUAGAAAAUCCGGGACCAGAGAGGGUGGCACUGCAGGCACAGGGAGAAUUGCAAUAUCUGUCAGUGGAUGUGUGGCCCAAAACCGGACCACUCAUAGUCAGCAUCAUCCUGGCUGAAGGUGGUGUUCACAGAACCAGAACCCUGAGCAUCAUCCUGGCUGAAGGUGGUGUUCACAGAUCCAGAACCCUGAGCAUCAUCCUGGCUGAAGGUGGCGUUGACAGAACCGGACCCCUCAGCAUCAUCCUGGCUGAAGGUGGCGUUGACAGAACCGGACCCCUCAGCAUCAUCCUGGCUGAAGGUGGCGUUCACAGAACCAGAACCCUGAGCAUCAUCCUGGCUGAAGGUGGCGUUCACAUAACCAGAACCCUGAGCAUCAUCCUGGCUGAAGGUGGUGUUCACAGAACCAGAACCCUGAGCAUCAUCCUGGCUGAAGAACCAGAACCCUGA